AAACGUUUGAUUUAGUAAAUAAUCAUUGUCUAUCUUUUAUGGCUUGUAUUCAAUGAAUAGGAAAUAAAUACCCGAUUUUAUGGUUAUGACUUAGCAUAUUUGUUGGCCUUUGCAAUUAGCCUGCUAAACAAGUUUGAUGAAAGAUACUGUCAGCAUCUGAUGAAUACUUAUGGUAUCAGUUUAAUAUUAAAAAUGGGCUGUGUCUGUGGUAAAGAGUCUGUAAAUAUCAACAAUCGUCGUUUUUACACUAGAUCAAGAAUUGGAGAAGGUGGUUUUAGCUACAUUGAUCUUGUAGAAGAUGCACAAACUCAUAAACUGUUGGCACUGAAGAGAAUUACUUGUCAUUCCAAAGAAGAUGAAAAAGUUGCCAUGCAGGAAGUAGAAAUAAUGAAGACAUUCCAUCAUAUCAACAUUAUCCCCCUUGAAGAAUCAACAUUAAAUCCCAUAAAUCAUUAUACCAAGGCUGUUGAUGUUGUUAGUGAAGUUUUGAUAGUCAUGCCUUUCUACAGGAGAGGUUCAGUAGAAGAUAUGAUGGAGAGAUUAAAGAAAAAAGGGGAGAAAAUGGCAGAACCCGAACUAUGGACCAUGUUCUUGGGAAUUUGUAAUGGAUUAAAAGCCAUGCAUCAUUAUAAUCCACCAUAUGCUCACAGGGAUAUAAAACCAGCUAAUAUAAUGAUAGCAGAUGAUUCUACACCUAUUAUAAUGGAUCUUGGAUCAGCAGCUAAAGCCAGAGUAGAAAUAAAAACAUCAGCUGAAGGUAGAGCUUUGCAGGAUAUAGCAGCUGAACGUUGUUCUAUGUUAUAUAGAGCUCCUGAAUUAUUUAAUGUUGAAACUAACUCUACUGUAGAUGAGAGAACAGACAUCUGGUCAUUAGGAUGUGUAUUAUAUGCCAUGGCAUUUCUAGAAUCACCGUUUGAGAAAGUCUAUCAGAGGGGUGAUAGUAUAGCUUUAGCUGUUCUCGGUAGAAAUUUAAAAUUUAAAGAAAAUUCAGGAUUCAGUAAUAAGAUAGAAGAAACAGUUACCUGGUUGAUGUCUGUGAAUCCCAUGGAGAGACCAUUUAUUGAUGCCGUCAUUGAUAAAGUAGAAGAACUAGUUCAUGCCAGUGAAAAUAGAGUGUGAUAUUAAUAAUUGAUUUUAAUUUUAAUGUGAUUCAUAUUUAAUGACAAGCUCUGUUUCAAAAUGCAACUAAUCCCAUUUACACAUUCCUCUUUUUAAAAAAAACAUUUUUAUGGAGAUUAGUCUUGACAAAUGGGACAUGGUUGUACAAGUACAAAUGAAACAUGGUUGUAAAUUUUGUAUUAUAUGAUUUGAAUACUUUGCAUUAUAUUUGGGUUUACUCUGGUUGGGCAAAGUUGACCAUUAUGUUGAAAUUCAGUGUUUGCUCCUCCAAAGUUUGUGAAAAUCAUUUUUGUUAAACUUAGGUUGUGGAGGAACCAAGCUUUUUGGGGUCAUUCAUAAAUGGCAGAAUCUGUAGGUGUGUAAUUUUAAAUGCAGAUAUGUGUGUGGGCUGACAACUAAAUAGGUCAAUGAUCUAGUCAAAUUCAGAUACUUUGUGAAUCAAGACAUACAUAAUAUAUACGUUCCAAUUUUUCUUUUUAUUACAAUUAUUGAAUGUAUUGAUUGAUUCUAUACUUAAUGCUUUAUAUAAUGUUAAAUAUUAAGGAUGCAUUAUGUAAGACAUAAAUAAAGAGCUGACCAUUCUUGUAUAAUAAUUCAAAAAUAGAUAUAUUGAAAAUUUCAAGUUUUGACAAGAAAAGCCUCUAUAAUAUACCAUUGCCACAAUAAUAAAUGCUCGAUUUUCAGUCCUUUAAUCAACAGUCUUACUUUUGUGAUUUUGAAGUUCUCAGUUGUAACCCUGCGUAGUUGCUUGUUACUGUUAAUAUUUUACAAUGAACGAUAUAUAUCUUUUACAUUCAAGAGACUAAAUGCACAAUCAUUGAUUGGAAAUUAAUUAAAGUUACCGAGAUAAAAAUAUAUUUGAUGCUAAAAACAUUAUAUAACUGUAAGACAACCAGUAGAGUAGAAAAAUAGCACAAAUUGAUAUUCAACAGCCAAAUUGUGCUUGACAGUUUAAUAUUUGACUUGAGUUAAAGUAAGACUAUAUCCUACUCUUGUUUUAUUUGUUCUGUUUUGUGUGUUAUUGUUGGGCAGUCAGACUGUAUUGUGUAUUAUACAAAGUAUACAAGUUCAAUUUGUGUAGAUUUUAUUCCUAUCCUAGGUUUAAAGGGUUCUUGGUACAUGUAUGUAGAGCACAUUAAAAUUUAAAAUGGCAUCUUGCAAAAAGUUGUGUUGUUGGGACCAGUUUAUGUUCUAAUUUAUUAUAAUUCCUAAAAACUUACCAUCUCCAGUUUAUUAUUAUCAAUGUUUAUAAACAUCACACUCACCAUUUGUGAAUUAUCAGAGAAAAUUUUGCUUUGAAUGACUAAAUAAACAUAUACAAGUCAUUUUGUAAAAAAAAAAAAAAAAAAGGUUGUAGUAUGGGAAACUCUGACAUUAAUUAAGACUACAUAUUAUGUCAAAACCUAUUCAAAAGAGAAUUUUUGAUUGAAUUUUAAUUUCUAUUAGAACAGAAUUAUAGGUAUUUUUAUGUCCAUAUUACUGGCAUUUAAAUGUUAGAAGUACAUUUUUCUUGAAUUGAAGUGCUCAGUUAAUAUGAGAGCGGAUUUUUGAUUGAAUAUUAGUUUUAAUUGUUGAAUAUUUAUUCUGACUAAAUAUGUCAUUCAAAAUUCAUCUGGUCACAAUAUAUUACGAAUCAACUAUAAUAAUAUGAUAUAAAAUCAACUAUAAUAAACUAUCUAUUCAUUUUGUUAUUAUUCCAUGACAUAUUUUGUUUAUAUUUUCUAGUGCAAUACUGUCUGUAUGAUGAUUACAUAUUAUUGGAAAUGUCUAAUUGCUUUUACAAGUAUAAUCUAUCAUAUUAGCUUGAUGCAACAUAUUUUAAUAUGAUGUAAUUUUUGCUGGAAUGACUGUCUUAGUCAUUCUGUAUUUGGAGAAUAGUAUGUCUGAUAAAAUGCUGUUCUCUUAGUUACACUCAUAUAAGUUUGAUUGCUGGAAGUUCUGACUCUGUCCACUGUUGUAUAAUUGACUAUCUGUUUCUAUACUUAUAUUACUGAGUUAAAACCAGCUGUAUAAAAAUAUAAAAGUAGUUAUCAGUUAACAUUCAAAAGGCAUUAGAACUCUUUAUCAAGAAAAUGCAUUUUGUUUCAUGUAAUAUAUUUUAAAAAAACCUAAACACACCUAAUUAUUUAAAAUGAGAGAUCUUUUUGUUGAUCUAUUUCCUAUAUAUGAAAAAUUCUUUUAUCAAAAUAGUUCAUUGAUAUACAUGUACUCAUCACAAGAAAGAAUUUUAGUAGUUAGGUAAAUCAAGAUUAAAAUAUUUUAUUUGUAAGUGAAAGGAAUAUUGGAGGAUUAAAUUCUAUACCGGUAUACAUGUAUAUACCGUAUGCUGGUUGUUUAAUACUUUAUAAUGAUAUAUUGUAUAUAUUAUAUGUUUAAUAUAUUUACAGUUAUAAGUAUUAAGGUUAUUGUAAAUAAAUCAGGUAGUCUAGAUCUAUACAGUUGAUUUUAUGGAGGAGAAUAAAAUAUUUUAGACAGAUUCAUCAGCACCUUUCUGAAUUACAUAUGUUAACAAUGAUUUUCUUGUAAAUGAAAUUGCCAUUUGAGACUAAUAUGAUCAUUUUAACGUCAAUGGUAACGAUUUCUGUGUGAAAUACAGGUAGCCUUGGAAAAUCAUAUGACAACAAUUUAUCAGAGACAUAAAGUGCCACAAGGUGGGAUGAGCUACAGAUGUUUUUUGAGAUAUUUAGGUAUAAAUAUAACAUAUUUUAGUGUAGUAUUUAGCGAUCUGCUGGGUAAAAAGGAUCAUUUGGUUCCUAUACUUCAAUUAAAUGAAAUGAAAUGAAAUGGGGUUUAACGUCCUACUCCAGACUGGGCUAAUGAAGACGGGCGUACACCAUACAGUGUGCCAUGAGGGAAAUUUUGCCCGGACAGCAGCACUACGACUUACUCUUAUAUCAAAUUCCAACUGUCAAGGGAUCUUUUACGUGCACGCCAAUGUGUACACGGGACCUCGGUUUUCCGUCCCAUCCGAAUGACUAGCACAGCUGUCCUUGUCAGGCCCUCUGUCCUGCAUCACUGACAAGGGAGAACCACUCCGGAAAAUCUGUAUGAACUUUUUCGGCUAAUGCAGGGAUCAAACACUCGACCUCCAGGCUAGCGAGCCAGCAUCUUACCCACUGUGAUCCCAUAUCUUUCAAUUAAUGUGGAAUAUUUUAUAGCCCUCCUUAAUCAUUGAGACCAAGAGUUUUAUCAAAUUUUUCCUUUAAAAAAGAACAACUAUGGAUUCACCUUUAUAUAUUUUUUUAUUUUUACA